AUGUCUUGCCACGGGCGGGCAACUAACUCUAUUCUAACCUAUCAAGGGUAUAAUCCAAGCUACCAGUGGUCACGGCCUCCCCCAACCGUCGUAGGAUGGUCCACGCCAGACGACCUCCAAAACACGUUCGUCAGCCCAACUGCGUACGCCAGUCCCGACAUUGUCUGCCAUCUCGGAGCAACUCCAGCCGGGGCAGCCGCCCCAGUCAACGCCGGAGAUACAAUCGAGAUUCAGUGGACGCCGUGGCCAGCGAGCCACAAAGGCCCGGUCAUCGACUACCUGGCCAACUGCAACGGGCCAUGCCAAAACGUCGACAAGACCAAGCUGAAGUUCUUCAAGAUCGACGAGGUCGGGCUCGUCGACGCCGCCUCGGGCACCUUUGGCGCUAGCCAGCUGACUAACAACAACAACAGCUGGGUCGUGCGGAUUCCCACGGACAUUGCGCCGGGAAACUACGUGCUGCGGCACGAGAUCAUCGCACUGCACGCGGCUGGCCAGACGAACGGCGCACAGAACUAUCCGUUCUGCUUCAGCCUGGCCAUUUCGGGCAGCGGCACCGCAAAUCCCGCCGGCAUUCCCGCCACGCAGUUCUACGCGGCAAACAACCCGGGCAUCAAGUUUGACCUGUUCAGCAAGUUCACAUCGUACCAAAUUCCUGGGCCGCCGCUCUACUCGGGAGCCCUAUCGGUCGCGCAGAGCAAGGCAGGGCCGAUCAAGGCCACGGCGUCCGGAGUCGCAGGGCUGGCCAACAAAAACGUGGUUCUGAGACCGACAAGCCCGGCCGCCAAGGUGGUGGCCGCCGCCCCUUCGCCGGCCACGACGGUCGCGGCGAAAUACGCGGCGGCGCAGACGCUUGUUAAGAAGGCCUCGAAACGAACAGACGCCCCGCGCGGUGCGUAA